AAUACCCGCGGUUACUUCGGCCCGUCAAGGUCGUUGUUGGUUUACACCUAAACUGACUUGUUCAUUUGAGUAGCUGGCCUUUCCAGCUGUUUUUUGGUAUCUUAUCUGUUAAAAUAUUUGUGAGACUCUCUUGAAACUGUUCCGAGCUUCGUCCCGAAGGAAAGUGUGAAGUUAUUUAGUUGCCAAAGGUUUCUAGUCGAAGUACUGUUGACCUGACACUUAACAUAUCGUGUCUACCAAGGCAAUAUCUGACACACCAUGAGUCAUCUAGAGUGUAAGUAUCAUCCAUAUGCAGUCCUUAUUGAAGAUUCUCAUGCUGGGGAUAUGGUUUGCUCGAUGUGUGGAUUGGUUGUUGCUGAUAGGUAUGUUUUAUCACAAUAAACAUGGUUUUUGCAUCCGCUUCGUGCAGAGUAAUUGACGUCGGGUCUGAAUGGCGCACGUUUUCUAAUGAUGCCAAUGCCAAAGAUAUGUGUCGAGUAGGAGCUAGUGAAAACUUCUUGUUAGAUGGGGGUGAUCUUUCAACUAUGAUCAGUGGUCCAUCACCUUCUGACUCGCGACAACUUGAUGAGCAUGGGAAGCCAAUGUACCGAAACCGUCGCAAUAUAUCUGCGCCUGAUAGGGUACUUUUGAGUGCGUUCAGAGAAAUCAGUCAAAUGGGCGAACAUCUAAAUCUCCCCAAAAGCAUAUCAGACCAUGCUAACUUGCUGUUCAAACAAGUCCAUGAGACUAAAAAUCUUCGAGGUCGCAGUAAUGAUGCUGUCUCAACUGCUUGUCUCUACAUGGCCUGUCGUCAAGAGGGUGUCCCUCGGACUUUCAAAGAAGUAUGCGCUGUGUCACGAGUAUCAAAGAAAGAAAUAGGAAAAGUUUUUAAAAAGAUUCUAAAAAUACUUGAGACAAAUGUACAAUCGGUUACAGUUGAAGACUUCAUGUCUAGAUUCUGUGGUAAUCUCAAUUUGAACAUUACUGUUCAAAGAGUUGCAAAUGUGGUUGCUAGAAGAGCUCUUAACUUAAAUUUAGUUGCUGGUCGUAGCCCAGUUUCGGUGGCAGCCGCAGCCAUUUACAUGGCAGCUUAUGCAUUAGGUUGUCGUAAAGAAAAACGAGAAAUUGGUGAUGUGGCGGGAUGCGCUGAGGCUACUAUCACAUGUACUUAUCGUGCAAUGCACUCAAGAGCCAGUGAACUAUUUCCUGAAGAUGUUAGACUUGCCAUAAGACCAGAUGAAUUACCACUGUGAUUUCAUUUAUUUUUCUUGUAUACAAAAAGUUCAUUUUCUUUCAAAGUUGAUCAGUUUCUGUACAAAGUUAUGAUACCGUAAAUGCAAAAUACCAAAGUCAGUCAUUGAUUAUUUGAGAGUUGGAAUAUUGUGUGUAACAGAUGGUAUAUUUAUCAUAAGUACUGUUUUGAUUGAGAAGGGUUCCUAUAUCAGGUUCGGAAGUUGUGGUUUAGAGUAAAAUGUUACUAGGGAUUGUGUCAACCAUUGUGAUCUGUAUCUUCGCGAGAGAGAUGUUAGCUUUUACAAUAAGGAUGCAUGCUAGUUUGGUGAUCAUACUUAACAGUUUAACAGAGAUUGUACCGAAUUGAUUAGUUUGUUACCUCAUUAACUCCAGCAUUAGAACAAUAUGAUCCAAUUCUG